AUGCCAAUGAUCGCCUCCUUUCUUGUAGAAUUAAAUUCUUCUUUCUUCAGAUAUUGCUUCCCUCGUUUUGUUUUUUUUUCCUUUAUUUUUUAUUUAUUUUUUCUUCUUUCUCUCAUUCCUAAUGUUGUAGAUUCGAGUUUUAAGCAUUUUCUUUCAUUACAUUUUUCAUUCUUUUUUAAACUUUCCUCUUUCAUUUCUUUCUCUUUCCCUUCUUUAAUCACAUUUUAUCUUUCGUUUUCUCUUUCAUUUUCUUUCUCAUUCCUUUCAUUAAUCACCGUUAAGUUCCCCACAUUUUUUUUUAAUUUUCUCUCAUUCCUAAUCUUAUUCUUCAUUAAUGUUUUCUCUUUCAUUUUUCUCUUUCCAUUUUUCAUCAUCGCUAGCUUUUCUCAUCUUUUUUCCUUCUUUCUCUCAUUCCUAAGCAUGUUUUCAUUCUUUUUUUUUAAAGUUUUCUCUUUCAUUUUUUCUUUCUCUUCUUUAAUCACUUUUCUUUCAUUACAUUUUCAUUUUUCUUUAAAGUUUUCUCUUUCAUUUUUUUUUUGUUUUCUUGUUCCCUUCUUUAAUUACCGUUUGCUUGUUCUCUUGUUAUUUUUUUCUUCUUUCGCUCAUUCCGAAUGUUUUUUCUCUUUCUCUGUUUCCCUUCUUUGCUCACUCUUAGCUUUCCCCUCUUUUUUCUUCUUUUUUCUCACUACAAAUCUUCUAGAUUCGAGUUUUAAGAAUUUUCCUUCAUUAUUUUUUCAAUCUUCUUUAAAGAUUUCCUUCACAUUGUUUUCUUUCCUCUUUUUAAUCACAGUUAUUUUUUUCGAUUCGAGCAUUUUCUUUCAUUAUUUUUUUUUUCAUUCUUUAAAUUUUCUCUUUCACUUCUUUAAUCGCCGUUAUCUUUUAUUUUUACCUUUUAUUUUUAUUUUUCCUCUCCUUCCUAAUCUUGAGCGACUUCAUUUAUUUAUUCAUUUUCAAGAUUAUUAUUUUUAUUAUUUCUUCAUUUCUUUUCUUUUUCUUCUUUUGUUUUUCGGUUAUUUUCUCUCUCUCUCUCUCUCUCUCUCUCUCUCUCUCUCUCUCUCUCUCUCUCUCUCUCUCUCUCUCUUUCAUUAUUUUCUUUGUUUCUGA